GAGUGAGAGGACAAGGAAAUACCAUUUUCUGAGCGAUUGUGCCAAGAUAUAGCAGAUUAUCAUCGGCUCAUUUAAAGCAAUUUCCAGAUCAGACUUGGAGAGGGCUGUAUGCUCCAGGCCUCAAUGAGGAGCCCAAACAUGGAGACGUUCAAGCAGCAGAAGGUGGAGGACUUUUAUGACAUCGGAGAGGAGCUGGGCAGCGGCCAGUUUGCCAUUGUGAAGAAGUGCCGAGAGAAAAGCACGGGGCUGGAGUACGCGGCAAAGUUCAUAAAAAAGCGGCAGAGCCGGGCCAGCCGGCGGGGCGUGAGUCGGGAAGAAAUCGAGCGGGAGGUGAGCAUCCUGCGGCAGGUGCUGCAUCCCAACGUCAUCACGCUGCACGACGUCUUCGAGAACCGCACCGACGUGGUGCUCAUCCUGGAGCUAGUGUCGGGAGGAGAGCUCUUUGACUUCCUGGCCCAGAAGGAGUCGCUGAGUGAGGAAGAGGCCACCAGCUUCAUCAAGCAAAUCCUGGAUGGUGUGAACUACCUUCAUGCCAAGAAGAUUGCUCACUUUGAUCUCAAGCCAGAAAACAUUAUGUUGUUAGACAAGAAUAUUCCCAUUCCACACAUCAAGCUGAUUGACUUUGGCCUGGCUCAUGAAAUAGAAGAUGGAGUUGAAUUUAAGAAUAUUUUUGGGACACCAGAAUUUGUUGCUCCAGAAAUUGUGAACUACGAGCCUCUGGGACUGGAGGCUGACAUGUGGAGCAUAGGCGUCAUCACCUACAUCCUCCUAAGUGGAGCAUCCCCUUUCCUGGGAGACACGAAGCAGGAAACGCUAGCAAAUAUCACAGCUGUGAGUUAUGACUUUGACGAGGAAUUCUUCAGCCAGACCAGCGAGCUGGCCAAGGACUUCAUUCGGAAGCUUCUGGUUAAAGAGACCCGGAAACGGCUCACAAUCCAAGAGGCUCUCCGACACCCCUGGAUCACGUCCAAAGGAGAAGUCAGAGCCCAGGAACAGCAGAAGACAGAGCCCACCCAGCUGAAGACCAAGCGCCUGAGAGAGUACACCCUUAAAUGCCACUCGAGCAUGCCCCCCAAUAAUACAUACGUCAACUUCGAGCGUUUCGCCCGCGUAGUAGAGGACGUGGCACAGGUCGACCAGGGCUGCCGUACCCUGGCAGGGACCCACAACACCAUCCAGGAUGACGUGGAGGCCCUAGUCUCCAUAUACAAUGAGAAGGAAGCUUGGUACCGAGAGGAGAGUGAGAAUGCCCGGCACGACCUCUCCCAGCUCAAGUAUGAGUUCCGCAAAGUGGAGUCCUUGAAGAAGCUCCUUCGAGAAGACCUCCAGGCCACAGGAGCGGGCCUCGGAAGCAUGGCCAGGAAAUUGGACCAUCUGCAGACACAGUUUGAAGCUUUAAGGCAGGAGCUCUCAGCAGACCUACAGUGGAUCCAGGAACUGGCAGGCAGCUUCCAGCUGGAGGAUAGGAACACAGAUGGCCUGGGCUCCAUGUUCCACAGGGAUGCCAGGGAGUCCCUAGUGGAGCUGCUCGACAGAUCAGCCGGCAAGGAAGCCUUGGCCAGCUUGAAGCCCUGAGUACCAGAAUCUAGUCCGUGAUGCAUCCCGGAGGAUUUGCAGAAGCAUGCUUCUGAGCACCCUGCCAGGACGUCAGCUAGAAUUAGCCUGCGGGGUGUAUGUCUGUAGCAGAGCCUUCCACCCCCUUCACAGGAUCCAGAACCAGGAAGGUGCUAGCUAGUUAUUCCUUCUGCACCUCCUCUCACCAGCCUGGAUUUCUGGAAGGGUGGCUGGCAGAGGCCAGGCUGUUGAAACAAUUGCGAGUCAAUACCCCUCCACAAUGGAGGGAGGGUGGCUGGCCCUAGGGGGAUGCUCGAGAAUUGAUUUGUGAUCUUGGAUUCAUUCGCAUCUCACUUCCCACCUCUGUGCCUUUGGGACUGCAGACCUUGAGGAAUCUUUGCCUUAAUUUAGGAAUAACAAUAAACCAGUGUGCUGCUUUCCUGCUAUGGAAGGAGGGAUUAAAAUGCAUAGAGAAAAUAUUACCUUUUACUGGCACUGACUUUUCACUUAGGAACACUUAUGUCUUUGAUGUUUAAAAGAACUCUGUGAACAGGAAGGUGGGUGAUAUUAGCAUUGUUGUUACUACUGUUUCCACGUAACUAUUGAGGAAAUUGAUACAGAGAGGGAAAGUGACAUCCUCAAGGUCUUUCGUAGCUGGUUGAUACAGAUGAAGUCUAUGGGAAGCAAUAGUGAGACUUUGCUGUAAGUGUCCACCUUCGCAGUAAUGUUCAGCUCCAGAGGUAAAGUUAACAACUUCAUCUAGUUCAUGUAUUCUGCCAGGUAGAGUAGAAUGGCCCAUAGCUUUAGAUGAUUGUCCCAAGAAGUGGGUCCUGAAGUGUGCUGUUCGCUGUUCCUAUCCAGCCCUGUCCCUGUCUGCAGAUCAGUGUGCCAAGCAGGAGGCAAGGGGCAGGAUCUCCCCCUUCCCCCACCCUUUCCCCCUUCUGGCCAAAGGUCCCAACCUUGUUUUAGGAAUGAAGACCAAAAGGAAUCGACAAGAAGGUCCCUUUUCUUAUGUACUUAGGGCAUUGGGGCCCUGAAAGGGCUGAGAAACUCUAUGAGAGUUUAAGAUUGGGAAGCUCAAGCUCAAGGGUCCCCUGGUGACCCCAAGCUUUGAGCACCCCUCCCUGAGGACUUUGUGAGGUCAUCUCCCUGGAGGAGCUGGUCAGCCAGCUCAUAUGGACAGAAUGUGGUGAAGUGUGGGCCCGGCACUGGGCUAGAAGCUUGGGCAUGAGGGACCAGAUGGUAUCAUUUCAAAGUGACUUUACAGACUCACAAAACACCCUUGUCAGAAAGGCAGGAUAAGUGUUAUUCCCAAUCUGGAGAUAUGGAAACAGAGAGAUUGACUUGCCCAAGGCCACAAUCAGUGGGAACCGCCCCCGGCUCCAGGAGUUUACUCUCUGCUUCCAGAGCAGAGAUGCCCAGGGUCACCCAACCAUCUACUGACAAAUAAUGUUUGAGCACAUGCCAACUGCCAGGCUCAAUAAUGUUUGAGCACAUGCCAACUUCCAGGCAAUGCCAGGCCAUUGGCACUGGAGUUACAAUGUUGAGUAAAAACGGGCUCAUCUCCUGCCUUCAUGGAGUUCACAGUCAGGUAAAGGAUUCCCACGUUAAUCAAGAACAUUCUACAAGCACAAGAGUGUAUGUGGAACACAUGCUAUGAAAGAAAUGUGCGUAGCCAGUAGUGGGGUUUGAUCUAGUUGGGGAAGGCCUCCCUGAGGUAGUGAUGCUGGAGGCGAGGUCUGGGAAGCAAAACAGGGAGAAAGAAGUGUUCCUGACAACAGAGCUGUCAGGGCCAGGGCUUGGUGGUGGAGAGGGCAUGGAAGCUGGAAGGGAGAGGGUAGGGUGGGCAGGUGGUAUAGAUGUGGCUGGAGAGAAGUCAUGACCAGUGGUACUUUGCCAAAUUUAAGAGCUCUGCCUUCAUCCCAAGAGUCUUGGGGAGCCAUGAUGGAUGCCAGGCUAGUUAACACCUGCAGAGCUGGGUGACCCCAAGCUUUGAGCACCCAGGGGAUGGGGAGGGGAUGGCCAAUGAGUGACACAAAGGGCAAGUGGUUUGGGGCGAGACAUGAGAACCUACAUGCAAACCUACCUCUGUUUCCAUUAUCAUGCUAGAUCAUUUCAAAUAUCACAUAUAAUAUUUGUAACAGAAACAGUUUCCAUCAAAUGUAAGAAACCAUAUUUUCAUUAAAUAUACGAAGCAUUAUUAUUUUACAUACCAAAUAUAAGAAAGAAAAAAGCCAGGUGUGAUAGGAGACCGCCUCACCUCCCCACCAAAGCCGGGACACCCUCCCUGAGAGGGCAAGCUGAAAUAAAGCCAUCGUGCAAAAAGGGAAAGCAAGGAAAUGUGUGUUUCAUUCUUUUUUUUUU